CUCGCCGAUACUUUUCUCUGAUAUGAGCACGCUUUUCUGUUUUCAUGGUUUUAUAGACUGAACACAGCAAAUUCUUCCGAACCACUAGGUGUCGCUGUAUACUUUUGAUGUAAAUAAAUCGUAGCAUCCUUACAGCGUGUCAAAAGAAGAAGUGGUGAAAAUGUACUUCUGGAACUUUCUGUCCCGGGUUACGUUGCGAGAAGAUGAGAAUAAGCGAUAGGUAACUAAGCUUUUCUGUGAACCUCUGAAAUUUAAGCGAAUAUUUAGUUCUUAACAUUCGAUACGAACUCUGUAGUGUAUAAAAUCAGAGUGACGUCUUAUUCUAUAACGGAAAAUCAAAGGGAUGCGGUCCACAUAAACUACCGGAGGUUGACAAAAUACACUAGCCAGCUAGCUAGCUUGCUAACAUUAGCAAGCUUGCUAUACUUGGCUUCUUCGCAGGGUAGCACUAGCUAACUCGCUAACUCAUAAACGUUACCCAGCAUCUGUUAACGGUUAAUCUGUUAACACCAUCUCGUUUGUUACUUUGAGGUAUACGUAUUAUAUCACGUGUGAAAAAUAACGUUAACUUUAAACUUAUUGUGAAAUUGGAAUCUUUUCAACCAGCUAACUUUACGUCAACGCGACAGUGGUUCAUGGCAUGGGGUCCGAUUAAUGAGUGUCAGUGACUUAAUAACGUAAAUCGUUCCUAAAUUAACUUGUCAAGUGAACAUAGGAAGUAUUUGUGAUGGGUAAAGACUAUUAUAAAGUGUUGGGAAUACAAAAAGGUGCGUCAGAGGACGAAAUCAAGAAAGCUUACAGAAAACAGGCUUUACGAUAUCACCCCGACAAAAAUAAGUCCCCCGGAGCGGAGGAUAAAUUCAAAGAGAUUGCAGAGGCCUACGAUGUCCUAAGCGAUUCGAAGAAAAAGGACAUCUAUGACCGAUAUGGAGAAGAAGGUCUCAAAGGAGCUUCAAGUGGUGGAUGUCCCAAUGGACCCACCUACAACUACACAUUUCAUGGGGACCCUCACGCCAUGUUUGCUGAGUUCUUUGGUGGCCGCAGCCCAUUUGACCAGUUUUUCUCACACGGUGGCGGAGGAGGUGACGAUGACAUGGACAUUGACGACCCGUUUGCAGCGUUUGGCAUGGGAGGCAUGGGAGGCAUGGGAGGCAUGGGAGGCAUGGGGGGCAUGGGGGGGUUCCAGAGGUCCUUCAAAUCCAGGCCUGGGAACAUCCACGGCGGUAGGGAGAAGAAGAAGGACCCUCCAGUCAUUCAUGAGUUGAAGGUGAGCUUGGAGGAGGUGUUCUCGGGCUGCACCAAGAAAAUGAAGAUCUCCCGCAAGCGCCUCAACGCAGACCGCUGCUCCAUGCGCAACGAGGAUAAGAUCCUGACGGUGGACAUCAAGCGUGGAUGGAAGGAGGGCACCAAGAUCACUUUCCCCCGGGAGGGGGACGAGACACCCACCAACAUCCCAGCCGAUGUGGUUUUCGUGGUGAAGGACAAAGCACAUCCAGUUUUCCGCCGAGAAGGCUCAGAUGUCAUCUACCCUGCUAGGAUAUCCCUCAGAGAUGCGCUUUGUGGAUGCUCGAUUAGUGCCCCAACACUGGACGGCAGAACUAUUACUGUGACCUCUCGCGACAUCAUCAAACCUGGGAUGAAGAAGCGUAUUGCGGGGGAGGGCCUGCCUCUCUCCAAGUGCCCGGAGAAGAGGGGGGACAUGGUGGUGGAGUUUGUGGUGAAGUUCCCCGACAAGUUGGGCCAGAGCACCCGAGACGCCCUCGGUCAGAUUCUCCCGCCGUGAUCAGAGUGUAGUGAUGGGAGGAGCCGUUAUCCAACACUAAGACUGCCUCAUCCAGUAGCGUUUUUUGCUUUUUGCCCUGGUAUCCUGCUUUUCUUUUCUAUGUCCCAUAAAGAUAAAGAGACUUUCUGGUGAACUGGAAGUAAGACAAGUGUAACCGCACUUUUUUUUUCCCCUAAAAAAUAAAUAUUUUAUUUUACCCAUUGCUAAAGGAACCCUCCGGUUUAAAAACAACCUAGGGUCUCUUUUUGGAUGAUAAUAAUUGUAAACAUUUUACGUUAAUCAGAGUAGUUUUGAGUCAGACCAGAAUACGUAUUUGCAAGGAAAUGGCAUAUAGCACAGCCUUGCGAGCACACUACUCUAAACCACUGACUAGGCUCAAAAUAUUGUUACACUUUUGUGCUACUGUAGUCCAUGCAGACCAGACAAGCUGAAGUAUUUUAACUUUAAGUGUACAAAAAGGGUAUAAAAAAACAGGUGGUGUUUGUGCAGGCAGUGCUUUACCUAUUCUUCCGGUUGCCGCCAUGUUGUAUGGAGUCCUAGCAGUAUGGCGGCAAAAAGGUAAAGCACUGACUGCUCAAACAGGUCCUUUUAUACUCUUCCUGUAAACUUAGGAAGUUAAAAAAAAACUGCACCCUCCCCACAGUAGUACAGAAGUAUAAUGACAUUUUGAGCUGAGUCAGUGGCUUUCAGUAGUUUACUCUGAUGUAGUGAGCUUGCCCACAAGGCUAUGCUAUAUGAUACUUAUAUGCUAAUUCCGUGCAAGCGCAUAAUCCCGCCCUACUCAAAACUACUCUGAUUAAAUUAUAUUUUGGUCCUCAACAAAGGUUUACACUCAGUAUCAUCCAAACAUAGACCCUGGGUUGUUUUUCAGACCAGAUGGUUCCUUUAGUUUCCCUGUCUGUUGGUGAUCACUAACAUGAUGCACUUUCACAUCACUGUGAAAUAUUAGAAUUUUUAUUUUUUUUAUAUAUAUAUUUUGGACUGGGGUGGGACAUACAAGACGAUUGUACUACGUCUUAACCUAUGCAUCAGCAUUCAUUCCCACAUAGCUUUACAUUGCUGAAGAAACUGGGAGUCCCCCUGAAACGCAUUGAUUUUUGUGCAUUGAUAGUUGAUUUUGUCUUGUAACAAAAUAUUAAUCUUUGUGGUGUAUCGUUCCAUGUAUAUCCUGUUUUACACAUUGUUUCAGACACUGAUGUCUGGAUUGAAAUCUCGCAGCCUUUUGCAGGUAGAGUGGGAGUUGUGCAAUUGUAAUUCCCAAUGAAAAGGAGUACAAAAGCUUUGAGUUUUGUCCAUGGUCAUUCAAUUUUAGUUAUGCAAAAAAGACUCCAACCUUUCCCCCUGCCAAUGGGGCCUCCCAAGAUCCACAUUACAGUUGCUACAUUGAGGCCCAGAUUUACCAGAGGCUUUAGCAGAGAUUUAGCCUGUGCAAAACCAUUAUCCUGACCUAUGAUUGUUCCAUGUGUUUGUACAGUAUGUAUUUUCACUGAAGGUCAUGAUUUUUGUUUUGUUUUAUGUUAAACCUGUGUGCCAAAACCUUAAGUCUGGUCCUGCGUGUAUCUCAGGUGCAAGUAUGCCUGAAUGUAGCGUUUGUCUUAUAGGGAAAAAAACACAUUUGCACAUAUCUAUAUGGAUAUGAAUAGCCUAGGGCUCAGACAGGUCUAACUGUGUGUGCCGUGUAGUGACCUGAAAACUCCAGUUAAAUUCCAAGAACUCACAAAUGCUGUUUUAUUUCAAUGCACCGUCAACCAUGAAGCAACCAGGGAAAUGUCCCUGAGUCAACCUCAUUACUGAACUGACUUGUGGAGGAUGUUAAGUAUCAGUAUUUUGUACUGACUGAACGUAAUAUCAAAAUAUACUCAAUCCACUAA